AUGGAAGUUAUGCGGACAAUCCCUCGUGAUGAAUUUGUAUCUCCGCUGAGGGUACACUUCCCUUCCCCGCUGGGACCUGCCGAACGUCAGAAGGAAACAUGCGACUUGUCAUAUGGCUGGCUGCAGAUAAAUGGUCUAAAUUCGGGGUGUCUCGGGUCCCGAAGAUACACCACCAGGAGUGGUGGUGAGCAUUACGGCAAAGUCCUCCAAGUGGUGGAACAUCAAAACAAGGAUACGAUAUUACGGCGAACAUUAGGUUACGAAUCAUCGCUGGCUCUGGAAGCUGACAUCCAUGCCUUCGAGCCCGAAGGCUAUGAUGCACCGCCGCCUACAUAUGACGAUGUGAUCAAAGAUCUACCUCCACAUUACGCCACGCUUGCUCCCUUAGCCCAGCGGAAGUGUCUUAUCCAGGACUCUGCGCCCGCGCCCCCACAGACUACAGAUGAGUCAAAGUCUAAGGGUGCAUCGCGACCAUUCAAUUUUUGGUCUGCAACGGGCAUUCGGGAAAGAGCAGGAAAGAAGAAUAAGAAGAAGAAGACGGCCGCGCAACCCCAGCGACAGAGCACCCCGCCGGCCGAGGAAGGUGGAGGCGACAAGCCAGAUGAGGGCGGCGGAGAUGAGCAGAACGGUGAUACCGGUGGAAAUGGAGGCGGCGAUUCUGGAGGUGGUGGUAAUGGAGAUGAUAAUGGCCAAGAUGGGAACGGCGACGGUAAUAAUGGAGAGGAUGACGACUGGGAUGCCUGGAAUACGACAAGCACGAAGAAGAGCAAGAAGAAGAAGAAACAAGAGGAAGAGGAAAAAUUGAAGGAAGAAGAAGAGCAACGAAAACGGGAAGAAGAGGAACAGCAGGCCAGGGAAGAACAGGAGAGAUUGGCCAAAGAGGAGGAAGAACGGCUGGCUAAGGAAGAGGAGAAGCGGGCUGCAGAAGAAGCCGCCGCCGCUGCCGCCGCUCCCCCCGACCUUAGCUGGGCAGAUGACACUAAUGCCAACGGUGACGAUGGCUGGGAUUUUGCCACAACAACCAGCAAGAAAAAGAAGAAGAAAGGCAAGGGCGCCGACCCUAGCCCGCCCGAACCGGCGUCCAACGGGUUCCAAGACAUAAGCUUGAACGACAGUGCGCCGCAACUAGACUUGGGUCUGCCUCCAGCAGCGCCAGGGACGGGCUUCAGCUUUGGGGGCUGGGGUCAAGAUUGGGGUUCUGGUGAUAAAUGGGGUCUUAACACCAUGAACGGCAUGAAAGACGACAAGCCAAAAGAUAAUAGUAACCCCUGGUCCUUCUCCGGCACCAACGGCAUGUCGAACGCCUCCGUUGGGUUCAGCUUUGGUGCGGACCUUGGAAGUACUCCAGCUGCCAACGAACCCCCUCCUGCCUCGGAAGAGAACAAGCUAGAGGACGACUGGGGAAUUCCUGUGACCAAGAAGGACAAGAAGAAAAAGAAGAAGGGGAUCGAAGAGGAGCCGACACCCGACCUUCUUACGGAAGAACUAAAAUCAGAUAACGCCUGGCCGGGUGCUGAAGAGAAGAAGGAGCCAGAAUUUGCUGAUGAUGACUGGAGCUGGGGGGCAACUAUUAAGAAAGACAAGAAAAAGAAGAAGGCUGACGAGCCUCUUCUUGAAGAGCCCCCCGCCCCUGAACCUCCUGCCGCAGCCGAUCCGCCGCCUGAAGAUGACUGGAGCUCUCCUUGGGGCCCUGUAACGAAAAAGAAAGACAAGAAGGGUAAGAAGAAUGCCCUCCUCGACGAGCCAGUCGUUGAGCCAGCGCCUGCCGAGAUAAAGGAUGAUGAUUGGUCAUCGGGCUGGGAUGUCCCAAAGAAGGAUAAGAAGAAAAAGGGCAUGGUCUUUGAGCUAGAGCCGGAGCCAGAACCCCAACCCGAUCCCGUGGAGCCAGAGCCUGAACCUGAACCAGUCGUGGAACCUGAGCCCGAGCCCGAGAAGCCAGACUUGGGAUUCCUGGAGAACCCUCUUUAUAAUAACUGGCAUACGCUCUCGUCCAAAGACCGAAAGAAACGUGAAAAGUCACUGAUCAAAGCCGGACUUCCCAUCCCUGGCAAGGACUUCGAUCUUCCUGAUCCGAAUGCUGAGCCCCCCAAGGAACCGGAGCCAGAGGAGCCAGAACCAGCUCCUGAGCCUGAGCCCGAGCCGAUAGCUGAACCGGUCAUUGAACCAGAGCCUGAGGUCGAACCGGAGCCCGAAAAGCCUGCCUUUGAAAUUCCAGAUACUCCUCUGUAUAAUAACUGGCAUACACUCUCGUCCAAAGACCGGAAGAAACGUGAAAAAUCACUGAUCAAAGCUGGACUUCCCAUCCCCGGCAAGGAUUUUGAUCUUCCUGAUCCAAAUGCUGAGCCCCCCAGGGAGCCCGAGCCAGAUCCUGAGCCAGCUCCUGAGCCUGAGCCCGAGCCCGAGCCCGAACCGAUAGCUGAACCUGAACCUGAACCUGAACCGGUUAUUGAACCAGAGCCCGAGGUUGAACCGGAGCCCGAAAAGCCUGCCUUUCAGAUUCCAGAUACUCCUCUGUAUAAUAACUGGCAUACCCUCUCAUCUAAAGACCGGAAGAAACGUGAGAAAUCACUGAUCAAAGCCGGACUUCCCAUCCCCGGCAAGGAUUUUGACCUUCCUGAUCCGAAUGCCGAGCCCCCCAAGGAACCGGAACCGGAGCCAGAGCCAAUUCAAGAACCUGAUCCAAUCCCGGAAGUUGAACCUGAGCCUGAGCCCGAGCCUGAACCCGAGCCCGAGCCUGAAGUCAAAACUCCUGAGAUACCCGACAGUCCCCUCUAUAACAACUGGCACACACUCUCAUCUAAAGAUCGGAAGAAACGUGAAAAAUCAUUGAUAAAGAGUGGCCUUCCGAUUCCUGGUAAAGAUUUUGAGCUUCCUGACCCCAAUGCUGAGCCCCCCAAAGCGCCGGAGCCGGAGCCUGAGCCAGAGCCGGAGCCAGUUCAGGAACCGGAGCCAGCUCCAGAGCCAGAACCAGAGCCAGAGCCAGAGCCACUAGCUGAACCUGAAUCUGAACCGAUCCCGGAAGCUGAGCCUGAGCCUGAGGUCAAAGGUCCUGAGAUACCAGACAGUCCUCUCUAUAAUAACUGGCAUAAUCUGUCAUCCAAGGACCGGAAGAAACGUGAGAAAUCAUUGAUCAAGAACGGACUUCCUAUCCCGGGUAAAGAUUUCGACCUUCCUGAUCCGAAUGCUGAGCCACCCAAAGAGCCUGAGCUUGAGCCAGUGCCUGAGCUUGUUCAAGAAGAGCCGGCACCACCUCCAGCCCCAGAACUGGAGCCUGAACAAGAGCCUGAACCUGAGCCAGCUUGGGAGCCACAGCCCGAGCCUGCGCCCGAGCCUGUCCCUGAAGUGGUCCCAGAACAGACUUAUGAGGAGGAGAGCUGGGGAAUAUGGAACGCUCCGAAAGAAAAGAAGAAGAAGAAGAGCAAGAUCGCAGCUGAGCCUCCACCGCCCGCACCGACACCGCCAUCUCUUGGGUGGACUGCCGAGCCGGAGGGAUACGUACCCACUGACCAAGUCCCCGAACAGCCUCUCUGGGAUGACUACGACAGCAAGCCUUCGAAGAGCAAUAAGAAGGGUUACAAGGAGGAAGAGACACCUAAGAGUGGCAUGGGUUUCUGGGCCACCAUAGGUGCUGCAACUAUGGGCAAAUCCAAGACUACAAAGAAAAAGUCAUCAGAGAAGACUAAAGCCAUAGAGGCAGCACCAGAGCCCGAGCCUGAACCUGUACUAAGUCAUCCUGCAGAGGAUGAUUUACUCAUUGACGUUGACGAUUCAAAGAUGCCCGAGGCGCCCGAAGCGCCAAUCCCGCCAGUUGUCGACGAACCACCCGCGCCAGCCGCGCCGCCAGCGAAGACUCCCGUUGUCACCUCGAAGACCAAGUCAUCGGCCAAAUUGUCCGUCUCAGAGCGAAUCAAAGUUUUGGAGCAAGGGAAGAAGGGGAAAUCAAAGGACAGGGUUGCUAAGGAAGAGCCUGCCCCACCCCCAGAGGAACUCCCUGCUCCCCCGCAACCCGAGCCUGUCGAGUUGUUUGACCCCGAACCGGUUCAGUUUAAAAAGCCCUCGAGGGAUUUGGUUCCAGGCAGUUUCCCAGACGCAUUCGACGACGAGGAGGACUUUUACGAUAUACCCCCGCCACCUGCCCCGGAACCGCCUGCCCCAGAGCCGGAACCUCAGUUUGAGCCAGAACCUGAGCCUCAACAACCUGAGCCCGAGCCCGAGCCCGAGCCGGUGCCUUUGUCAAAGAAAUCAAAGAAGAAGGACAAAAAGAAGGCGAAGGCUAUUGUGCUUGAACCUGUGCCUGAGCCGGUACCUGAACCAGUUCCUGAGCCUGUACUUGAACCACCGGCUCCUGAGCCCGUGCCUGAGCCGGUCCCUGAGCCUGUUGCAGAACCAGAGCCAGAACCCCAGCCCGAGCCGGAACCCGAGCCAGCCCCCGCACCUAUUCCCAUCUCAAAAACUGAAAAGAAGAAGAAAAAGAAGAAGGUCGUUGAGCCAGAACCGGUUCCUGAGCCAGUGCAAGAACCGGAGCCUGCUUUUGAACCUGAACCUGAGCCGGAGCCAAUAGCUGAACCUGAACCCGAGCCCGUACCUGAGCUCGAGCCUGAAUUCGUUCCUGCUCCUGCUCCCGAGCCUCCGAUCGAGCAAGCACGGGAGAUAGAGCCGGUGGUCGACGAAGCACCUGUUCCCAAGCCCGAAAAGCCGAAGAAAAAGAGCAAAAAGGUGUCUAGUCGAGAAAAAGCACCCCCGGUCGUGGAACCAGCCCCUGUCGAUGCUGAGAUUGACGAAGCAGCGGCAGAAGCUGAUGUAGGCGCGGGCGGCCCUCCUACGCCUCCACCAGAGCCUGCUGAACCUGUCGAGCCUGAACCAGAGAAGACGGCCAGGAAGGAGCGUGUUCGUGUUGAGCGCACUCCUGGUUCAGCAUCUUGGGGAUUUUGGGGUGCCACGCCUCAAAAGCAGCCCAGCACUAAGGAACAUCGGCGUAGACGGGAACGUGAACGGGAACGAGAACAGUCACCCCCGCCUAUGGUCAGAUCGAGAUCGACCAGACAACCAAGGUCUAGGGAUCUUGAGAACGAGGGAGAGAAGUCAACCUCUGACAAGGACAAGCGCAAUAGCCGAGGUAUGACUCUUGCUGAUUUUGUCCUGGGCACGCCGCCGCCGCCUAGUAGGACAAAGUCCAGUCGAAGACACGGAACACACGCGUCCAGGAAUACCUCAAGACGUCCAUCCGUGGGUAUGGAAGACGCCGGGUUCCCCAGUCCUCCACCGGACGAUAGCCGGGAUAUGCCGGAUAAAGCCGCCAGGAUGAUGGGCGUAAACGGCUCCUCCCGGAGAGAAAGAGAGAGACGGCAUGAAUCUCGUAGAAGAUCUCGCGCUCCUGACCCGUAUGCGGUUGAAGACGAGGACAUCGUCAUGGUAGACCGGGACGACAUUGAUGCCCCGAAGGAGGGCUCAAGGGGAUCGAGGCACUCCGACAGACGAUCGAGGAGAAAGUCUCGGUCCAGACAAGAAGAGCAUUAUGAAGAUGCUGAAGUGUUUUCGGGACCAGAAGAUAUUGCUUUCGUGGAAGCACCAAGAGAGCGACGCGUGAGACGAUCAAGUACUGCUCCCAAGAAACCAGAGUCCACUGGUCUCAUGGGCUUCAUCGGCUCUUUGCGGAAGAAUGCUCGUCCGGACCCUCCAGAGCGCCGAAAGUCCAGGUCUCAUCGUGAUGAGGAUGCUAGGUACAUGACAGAUCCAGAGCGAGAGGAGCGGCGUGCAAGACGCGAAGCUCGCAGGAGACGUGCAGAAAGAGAGGCUGAGCUCGACGGCUUUGUCACUGAGGGCGGUCCAGUAGGUGGGUUCCCGGAAACCGACAUGGACGAAGUUGAGGCUAGACGGGCAGCCCGUCGAGCGAAGCAAUCCUCUCGACAGGCGCCGUCUGAUCAACUCCGUGAGAGCGAGUGGCGCGACGCCGAAGAAAGACGUGCUCGACGGAGGGAAAGAGAGAGAGCUCGUGAGCAAGAGAUGCAGGAGAGAAUGCUCCGUGAGGAGGAAGAGAGGGAAGCAAGACGCCAGGAAGAGCGAAGGCUUCGUAGAGCAGCUCGUGAAGAGCGCCGUGCUCGAGAAGAAGCAGAGGCCCGAGAGGCAGAAGAGCAGGCCGAAGCCGAAGCCAGAGCAGCAGAACGGCGCGAACGCAGACGGCGGAGGGAGGCAGAGAUGCAAGAAACCGCCGCGUACGAGCCCCGGUCCAAACGUCGAUCCUCCCGUCACCCUGUCGAUGACAGAGCAGCCCGAGAAUUCUAUCUUGGCGGCUACGAUGGCGAGAGGGCUUACCGUCCGGAACGGUCUACUGAAGAGGGGGUGAGGCCCCAACGUCGCAAGUCCAGGGCUCCAGAACCGGAGCGCGCACCACCGAUGAUGUCCGGAGGACGCAAGGAUAAAACUUCGUCCUGGGUGCAUUCGCAAGCGAGCGACCCGCCUGAACCACCACCGGUCGUGGCCACCGUAUUGGACAUGCCACCUGGUGCAGGUGAGCAGGCCCAGGCGAACUCGGUCUCCUCGGACGAGGAGGCACGACGUGAGCUGCGGCGUCGGGCCCGACGACGAGCCAGAUAUCCUGGCAUGACGGAUCAGGAAAUCGACGAGUUGCGGGCACGAAAGCGCGAGGCUAGACGGUCUGAGCGUAGUUCAGGCAGCGCUGAUUACGAACGGGUCCGGGGCAUGAGGUCGUACGACGAUCGUUAUGCACCGCCAGUCAAUGGGCCCAGGAUGCCGAAUUGGUUCAAGAGACUGACCAAUUUGGGUUGA